AUGAACGAUGAGAAGAAGCCUUCCUCGUCGUUCGUGAAAAUAGGUGACCGCCAAUUGUUUACGGUGGAGCUCCGGCCGGGAGAGACCACCAUAGUAUCAUGGAAGAAGCUGUUGAAAGACGCCGCCAAGUCAAACGGAUCCGCUUCCACAUCUCAACACUCACGGCCGGAGGCUUUUCCGGGGCAACCUGUUGAGGUUGAGGAAAAUGAUGAAGCUCAGCCACACCGUUUCAGUGCUGUGAUAGAGAAGAUUGAACGCCUUUACAUGGGUAAGGAUAGCAGUGAUGAUGAGGAUCUGCCUGAUGUUCCUGAUGAUGAUCAGUAUGAUACUGAAGAUUCUUUUAUAGACGACGCUGAGCUGGAUGAAUAUUUUCAGGUUGAUCAUUCCAAAGUCAAGCAUGACGGAUUCUUUGUAAAUAGGGGGAAAUUGGAACGCACUGAUGAGCCUCCUGUAAUACCCAAUCAACAACCAAAGAAAAGGCGCAGAAAAGAUAUAGUGAAGAAUCCAGGUGAAAAUGUUAAUGACCAUGGAUCAAAUAAACAUAUAAAAGUGGGCAAGGCAGCAUCUGGGAAAACAACUUCCAUACAGGCAAGGAAUGUGUGUAAUUCCUCACAGAAUUUGGCUGUACCCAAUGAACACUAUGAAGACUUGAAAAUUCAUAAUCAAUCAGAUAUCUAUGGAGUUAGUUCCAAAAAGAAAAUUGCUGAUACUAAACCCAUAUUAGUCUCUUCUGUCUCUUUGAAAACAUCAAGUGAUGAUGUCCCUGCUGCCAUGUCAGAAACCAAAGAUGCUGAUAAGAAGAUAGGAACUUUUCAAUCUAAGAACACAAGUGAAUCAUUUGAUGUAUCUCAUCAAAAGUACCAUGAAAAAGGUGCUUAUGUACAAUCCAAAUCCCAACCUGGAAGACCCUCGAAGAGUAUUGAUAAUUUAGAAAAUAGCAGUCGGUUGAAAGAAAAAAAUGGUAUGCGUCAACUUCCGGAUCUUAACCUGACUGUGGGAAAGUCUGCUACUAAAGCAGCUAAAUCUGAAUACAUGCACAGGAAAGAUGGGUCUAGCGCUAGGCCAAAAUCUUCAAUGCUUGAGAAGACUCUGUGCGAGUUAGAGAAAAUGGUUGCAGAGUCAAGGCCCCCUGCAGCGGACCCGGAGGCCGAUAAUACAUCCCAGGCAGUUAAAAGGAGGUUGCCUAGGGAAAUAAAGCUAAAGCUUGCUAAAGUGGCUAGACUAGCGGCAAGCCAUGGGAAAGUAUCAAAAGAGUUGAUUAACCGCCUUAUGAGUAUUCUUGGGCACUUAAUGCAACUCAGAACAUUAAAGAGAAACUUAAAAAUAAUGAUCAAUAUGGGCCUGUCAGCAAAGCAGGAGGAUGAUGAUAGGUUUCAACGGAUAAAAAAGGAAGUUGUUGAUAUGAUUAAGAUGCAGGCGCCAGCUUUGGAAUCCAAGCAACAGCAGAAAGCUGGAGCAUCAGGUGAUGUUCAAGAAUUUGGUCCUGAUGGAAAAGCAAUAACUAAAAGGAGUGUUAGUAUGGACGCCGCUUUGGAGGACAAGAUUUGUGAUCUCUAUGAUAUUUUUGUUGAUGGCUUGGAUGAAAAUGCAGGUCCACAGAUCAGAAAGUUAUAUGCCGAGCUUGCAGAAUUAUGGCCAUCUGGUUACAUGGACAACCAUGGGAUCAAACGUGGAAUUUGCAGGGCAAAAGAGAGGCGCAGAGCAUCGUACACAAAAAAUAAGGAUCAGGAAAAAAUUAAGAGGAAGAAGUUGCUGGCAUCGAGGCAAGAGGAUAGCGUUCAACUAGAUACUGGCUCAAUUACAUCACAGCAGAACCAACAAGAGAAAUUAGCUCCAGAAUCAACCAGUCAUGCUUUUACUACAACAAACAAGCCCUUGUCUAAUAUGAGCACCGCUGUCCAGGUCCCCAGUCUUACGAAUGGUGUAAAGCCAGAAAAAACAAAGGGAAGUUCAAGCAGUUCCCUGGACGAUUUCCGUGUUGCUGAUGGCAUUUUGACAAAGAAGCUGAAGAGAAAGCCAGAACUUGAGUUGGAAGGAGCAAAUUGUGGGUCUGAGAAGCAGGUUCCUUUGCAGGGAGAAGAAAGGCCUAGGCCCCAGAAGCAGUCUUCCGGUCCCACCAAAUCAAAUCUUCAGCCAACAUCCAUCCCAGGUCUUGAACUGUCAAGCUAA